GCCAGUGCAUAUACUUUGACCAUUGACCUGGUGAAUUUCUCGCGUUCCUUUCAACAUUGACGUGGCACCUUGCUGACCCUUUCUCUCUCCUUCCCAAGACCGUCUAUUUAUAUCCUCGGUCUCUCCUUUCGCCCCUUUCUCUUUCAUUCCGGCCACUUUUGAACUACGCCUGCGUCCCCGUGCGGCCGUGCCUCCCGGCAACCGAAUCCCUCCUUUCUCUGGAUGCCUCCAAGGUCCCCUGCAACUCGCCGCUUGUGGAACUCUAGAGGCCCCUCAUAUCUUCGCUCCCCAGCUUCUCGCUCAUUUACGCAGUCAGGCGCCUUUGCGGCGAUUGCCCCUCAUUUCUCCUCCCCCUCGCCACGCUUCCCCUCAGCUCCCGACCGUCGCUCAUCGCCUGCCGUGCGCUCCUCCCACGCCUUCGUCUCAUUCCCCCUCACACUUCGUGCUAGCUUUUCCUCCAGCGCCGCGACCAUGGGAUCCAUCGAGCGCAUUGCUGAAAGCCUGGAGAAGCCGGAGCUCGAUGAUCGCUCCUACCGGGUCAUUCGCCUGCCCAACAAACUAGAGGCCCUUCUGGUGCAUGAUCCGGACACGGACAAGGCCAGUGCGGCCGUCAAUGUCAAUGUUGGCAACUUCUCAGACGCAGACGACAUGCCUGGCAUGGCGCAUGCGGUAGAACAUCUGCUCUUCAUGGGAACCAAGAAGUAUCCCAAGGAAAAUGCCUACAACCAAUAUCUAGCAUCCCACUCGGGUUCCUCUAACGCUUAUACCGCAGCUACGGAGACCAACUAUUUUUUCGAGGUUUCUGCCACGCCUGCCUCUACCGACGAAACACCCAACCAAGCCGCUACCAAUGGAUCAUCGAACGGCACCGUCGAGUCGAAAUCACCCGAAUCUCCUUUAUACGGUGCUCUGGACCGGUUUGCGCAGUUCUUCGUAGAGCCACUUUUCUUGGAGUCGACGUUGGACCGUGAGCUGCGCGCCGUAGACUCCGAAAACAAAAAGAAUUUGCAGAGUGACUUGUGGCGUCUCAUGCAACUCAAUAAGUCCUUGUCCAACCCCGCCCAUCCGUACCACCACUUCUCCACCGGAAACCUGCAGACUCUGAAAGAGGAGCCGCAAAAGCGGGGACUGGAGGUUCGCAGUGAGUUCAUCAAGUUUUAUCAGGCGCACUACUCGUCCAACCUUAUGAAGUUGGUGGUGCUGGGCCGGGAUUCUCUCGAUGAGAUGGAACAGUGGGUCGGCGAGCUGUUCUCUGAUGUGAAGAACCAGGACCUUCCCCAGAACCGCUGGGAUGACGCCCAGCCCUGGACGCCGGAGCACCUCGGAAAGCAGAUUUUCGCCAAACCCGUCAUGGAUAUGCGCUCCCUCGACAUUUACUUCCCCUUCAUGGACGAAGAGUCAAUGUACGAGUCCCAGCCGAGCCGCUACCUUAGCCACCUGAUUGGCCACGAAGGCCCAGGCAGUAUCCUCUCCUACAUCAAAGCGAAGGGUUGGGCCAACGGCUUGUCCGCAGGCGUGAUGCCUGUCUGUCCCGGAUCCGCUUUCUUCACCAUCUCGAUUCGGUUGACUCCGGAGGGACUGAAACAACACCGGGAGGUCACCGAGGCGGUGUUUGAAUAUAUCGCCAUGAUCAAGGAGGGGGAGCCUCAGCAGUGGAUCUUCGAUGAGAUGAAGAACCUGGCCGAGGUCGAGUUCCGGUUCAAGCAAAAGUCUCCUGCCAGUCGCUUCACCAGUCGCCUGAGCAGUGUGAUGCAGAAGCCGUACCCACGAGAGUGGCUGCUCAGCGGCAAUCUCCUGCGGAAGUUCGAGCCCGAGCUGGUCAAGAAGGCGUUGUCGUACCUCCGACCUGACAACUUCCGAAUGGUUAUCGUCGCCCAGGAUUACCCCGGGGACUGGAACUGCCGGGAGAAGUGGUACGGAACGGAGUACAAGAUCGAGGAUAUCCCGGAAGAUUUCAUGGCUAGCAUCCGCAAGGCUGCGGAGACCUCCCCGGAGAGUCGCCUGCCUGAACUCCACAUGCCCCACAAGAACGAGUUCGUUCCAACCAGGCUCUCCGUGGAGAAGAAGGAGGUGUCCGAGCCGGCCAAGACCCCCAAGCUGAUCCGUCACGACGACCAUGUCCGCCUGUGGUACAAGAAGGAUGACCGCUUCUGGGUCCCCAAGGCGACCGUUCAUGUCACAUUGAGGAAUCCCUUGGUCUGGGCUACUCCGGCCAAUCUUGUCAAGACCAAAUUCUACUGCGAGCUGGUCCGUGAUGCUCUGACCGAGUACUCCUACGACGCCGAGCUGGCUGGCCUCGACUAUCAGUUGUCUGCCAGCAUCUUCGGUCUUGACAUCACGGUUGGUGGAUAUAAUGACAAGAUGUCGGUCCUCCUGGAGAAGGUGCUUACGAGCAUGCGGGACUUGGUCGUCAAGCCCGAUCGUUUCAGCAUUAUCAAAGAGCGUCUCACUCGGGGUUAUAAGAACGCCGAGUACCAGCAGCCCUUCUAUCAGGUCGGCGACUUCACUCGCUACCUGACUGCGGAACGGACCUGGCUUAACGAGCAGUAUGCGGCCGAGUUGGAGCACAUUGAGGCCGAGGACGUAUCCUGCUUCUUCCCUCAGAUCCUCCGUCAGAACCACAUUGAGGUGCUCGCUCACGGUAACCUGUACAAGGAAGAUGCACUUCGCAUGACCGACCUGGUGGAGUCGACUCUCCAGAGCCGUACUCUGCCCGAGCCCCAGUGGCACGUCCGGCGCAACAUGAUUCUUCCUCCUGGGGCCAACUACAUCUACGAGCGUACCCUGAAGGACCCCGCCAAUGUCAACCACUGCAUUGAGUACUACUUGUUCAUUGGCAAUCUCGACGACAGCGUUCUGCGGGCCAAGCUUCUGCUCUUGGCUCAAAUGACGGAUGAACCCGCAUUUGACCAACUGCGGAGCAAGGAGCAGCUUGGCUACGUGGUUUGGAGUGGCGCCCGCUACUCUGCAACGACCAUGGGCUACCGCGUCAUCAUCCAGAGUGAGCGCACUGCUCCCUACCUCGAGUCCCGCAUUGACGCCUUCUUGACCGCUUUCAAGAAGUCGAUCGAGAACAUGUCGGAGCAAGACUUUGAAAGCCACAAACGCAGUGUUGUGAACAAGAGGUUGGAAAAGCUCAAGAACCUGGGCUCUGAGACCAACCGGUUCUGGUCUCAUGUUGGCUCGGAAUACUUUGAUUUCGUGCAGAACGAAAAGGACGCCGCGAAUGUCCGGACUUUGACCAAGGCCGACAUUCUGCAGUUCUACGAGCAGUUUGUCGACCCCCAGUCCCCGACGCGGGCUAAGCUGGCGAUUCACCUCAAAGCCCAGGCCGGUGCUCACGCGCAUGCCACGAAGCCUCAGGAGCAGAAGACCCAGCUGGUUUCGCUCUUCGGAAAGCAGCUGGAGGCAGCGGGCUUUGCCGUGGACACGGAUCGGUUGAGCGCUGCCUUUGAGAAUGUCGACGUGUCCAGCGGCGACGAGGCCCAGAUUCUGGCCACUCUGAAGGCGUUCUUGGAAUCUGGUAUGAAUCUGUCUGAGCAGCAGACCAAGCCGCUCCUCGAGCAGGUCAAGGCCAACCUGGGUAUCCAACUGAAACAGGCUGGUAUUGAGACUAAGAGCGAUGGGGAUGCCGCCAAGUCGAACGGGGUUGUCAAUGGCACGGCUGACGACCAGCACCCCACCUACAUCAGCAGCGUCGCCGAGUUCAAGGCUCGUCUGGCCGUCAGCGCUGGACCUAGCCCGGUGACGGACCUCAGCGAGUUCGAGGACUUUGACGCCAAGCUAUAAACUAGAAAUACAUGGUUUGGAUAAACAGUCCGGCAGAUUACCGUACUGAUAGACAUGAUGCUCUUAUGUUGGGAUUGGAUUGGCGUGGGUUGCAUGUUGCAUGUUGCAUGGACGGAUGGGAGCAGCGUGUUUUGGGGUUGAUGGCGAUCGUAGUUAGAAUUAUUGGAUACGAAUUACCGGAAAUAGAAAAAU